CUUGAAAACUUUAGCACUCAAGAAAGACAUCAUGUGGAUUUUGAAUGCACCCUGCAAGAUUUUGAAUCCAUAAAUGAAAUGUUAAUAUGAUAACAUGAGCUAGAUAUAGUCCUGUUUUCACUUAUUUCAUGGAAUUUAAAAGGGAAUCAGUUUUCAGUUUCUUCAAUCAGCUCACUUGCAUUACAAAAGAUAAGUACCACUUGGCAUGACUGGACUCAAAAAUAGAUACUAAAAUAAUAACCUCAUAAUAAUGGUUUAAAUUCCUAACACUUGCAGUGGGAGGAAUGGGUGCUUUCCCCCAACAAACUGAAACAGAAAUGAAAGCUGCCUGCAAAUAUAGCUUGUAGCCUUGAAAACAUGAAAGUACUUAAGUAUCGUUACUUCACUUAUUACCUCAUUUUUAGUAGCUUUAUCUUACUGAGUGAAACCUAAACAGUCAAAUCAGUUUACCUUCUUGAAGGUACAUAUUUGACUACCAUUUAGUGUGAGUGGAAGCAAAUGUAAUAAUGGAACAGAUCUGGAAAGGGAUGAGGAUAUACCAAACAUAUGUGUAUAUAUAUGCAUAGGUAUGAAUGUCUAUAUAUAAAAAUGGUAUAGACUAGUUCUUGCUAAGGGUUUGAUAAUUAGAACUAUAAAUAGCCAACAAACUUCUUAAAGAAAAAUGAUCCUGAGUGAUGUAUCAGUCUCUCUCUGAAACUUACUUGUUGCCUUUUCUUUUCCUAUUAGCCUGCAAAGGGCUUCCAGUGCCUAUACUUUACAUGAACAAAAAGGCAUCAAGCCUCAGCAUUUAAGAGCAAAUCUGAAGACCUUUUCAAAAAUUAAAUAUUUUGAAAACUUUUUCUUUCUGAUAUACAAGUCAUUCCAACUGACACUUAAGUGAAUGAACAUCUUUGUAUGCCAGAAGACAUUAAUAACUUCUUUGCAUCUCUAAAUCCUAUUAACACUGGCCCAAGUAAUGAAAAUGCUGCAUACUGGCUGAUGAAUGUUGUUUGUUGACUAGCUUAUAAAAUGGUUUAUUUGGGAAAAUACCUCUGAAUUUAUAAACCUCAGGUAAUACCUGCCAUGAAAAAGAUUUCCAAAAUAGUGUGCAAGUAGAUGUUGAAUUACAAAAAAGAAAAAAACAAAAACAACAGUAAAGGGAAUAAAGCAAAUAGAUUUUGGAUAUUUUUUUCAUCUUUUUCUGUUUCUCCUUGCCUCCAUCUUGCAGUUACCUAACAGGCAUUUCAAAGGUACCUGAUUCAGGCCAGAUCUGGACACUUUCAACAGAUACUAAAGCAGAAAAAAAAAAGUAGAUAAAUCGGGGUUUUUAUGUGAAGAAAGAAGUACAAAUGGACCACACUUUUAAUUGGCACCAGUCUAUGGCUUAAGAGUAUGGCUUCUUGGAAAUAUUACAUAAGAUUCACAGUACAGAAAGAAUGGGGAGAGAGAAGUUGUGCAGUUGGAGAGAGAGAAGCAAAGAGAGGGGAGGUGAAUGGAGAAAUGACUUAAAGAAGUUACUCUGGUACCUCAAAUAUUAUUUUCUAUUCUUAAUACAGCUUGUUUGUUUGAUAAAUUAUUGUUAGCUGACUAGAUUUGGCAAGAGAAGUGGUCCUUGAUUUUUAAGUGUCAUUCCUUUGUGAAUCCAGUUUGUAUCCAAACCAUUUUGUAAGUGUUGCUUACCAGUUGUAAUACAUAUUGCACUAGUUCUUGCAUUGUGUGGUGUGAAUUCAUAGGAGAUUUCAAAGGUUGUGACAGAAUUAGCCUGGCCUGUGUUCGUUGUGUGUAAAUUUUGAUGAUUGUAAGUGUUCCGUAGUUUUAUAAAUUAUUUUGAUAUUUUCUGUGCUGUAUUCUGAAAGAUUUUACAGUGUUGAACAUCUAAUGAACUGUUUUUAAAGACACUCCUCAUUGAAUCUGCAUGCAUUUAUUCAAUGAGUACAGUUUGAUAGAAUUUAACUAUCCACAUUGAAAAGACUGUUUUAAAACAUGUGAUAACUAAAUUCUGUGGGGAAUUAAUAAAACUUAUGAAGAUGAUUCAGUAGCUAUUUUGAUAGUAGUAGGAAACUGAACCAAAGAAAAUGGCUCAAGAAAGAAUAUUGUAGAACGGCUCUGAAUGCUUGGUCACAACAGGUUCUUCCCAGCUGUACAAGCUCCCAGGAACAUUUCUCAGCCUAAGAUGAACUUGUAUUUAUUUAACUUUUUUGUGGUAUUUCUUCCUGCUUCUGAAUUUAUCAAUAAAAUCCUGGUUUUAUUUAAGAUAACUUGUGUAUGUCUUGGAUAAAAAAAGCAAACAAAAAGGCCUUUACUCUUUCCUUUGAGGCUGAGAGUAGGACCGAGACAGUUAAUGCCCUUGUGGUUGGACAGUUCAUGGGAGAAGUUUGAUACUCUCCCCGGCCGUGACCACAGACUUUUCAGAGUUAUUAUCAGCAAAGGAGAAGGUAAUGAUAGAAAUAUAGAUUGUGUUAUAGAUUGUGUUAGUUACCAAGAAAAUACAUGUCUAUAAUGUGACUUUAGUCAAAGUUAAACUUGACUUUGCAAUUUCAAAUGUUCUGGAUCACCCUGGGAGCAGGGAAGAUAUCAUCAGCAUGCUGUUUUAAUUUCCACAAAAGAACUUCACCCUGCUAUAGGUUAUGGCAUUUCACUCAUUAAGAAACAGGAUUUGUGUUAAGAUAAUGAAUAUUAAAUGUUGAGAGCAAACACAUUCAGUCUGAACUAUGCCUUUUUUAAAGCCGGUGAUAUUUCAGUGCCCGAACCAACUGGAUUUUUACUCAAAAUACUCAAGGCAUGUCACUGUUGGUCAGAAAAUGAAGAGUUGGUGUCAUGGCCAGCAGAGCCCAGCAAAGCCAGGAAACCUGAAUUGACUGACUCUGCCUCUCUGCUAGAGACCUUCAAGUUUCUUGAAAAUGCAGCUGCAGAUUUCAGUGAUGAGGAAGAUGAAGAAGAUAUUGAAGGAAGAGAGAAAACAAUCAUUGAUACUGCAACAAUUGUAAGGAAAAGAGUGUUAUCUGAUAGCAGUGAAGACAGAGAUACAGAAGAAGCUUUGAAAGAGUUUGACUUUUUGGCUACCUCAGAUGAUGGUGAUGGGGAAUCAAGAAGUUCAGGAGAUGGAACAGACUGGGAAAAGGAAGACCAGUGUCUCAUGCCUGAAGCCUGGAAUGUCGACCAGGGAGUUAUAACCAAACUCAAGGAACAAUACAAAAAGGAGCGCAAGGGGAAAAAGGGGGUGAAGAGAAAAACUACCGAAGAUAUGUUUCAGCCUCAAUCCUAUAUAAAACAGUCAAAACAGGGAUGUGGGAAAAUGAUGGAGCAAAGCACAGGGCCCAACAGGUCAAAGCUGCAAGAUAUGCUUGCAAACUUGAGAGAUGUUGAUGAUCUCCCUUCAUUACAGCCAUCUGUUGCACCUUCUUCUAGGCCCAGUAGCUCAAGGCUCAUUGAACAUGAGAUAAACAGGACGGAUGAAGUGGAAGCUUUAACAUUCCCUCCGUCCUCAGGGAAAUCUUUCAUUAUGGGAACAGAUGAAGCCCUUGAAAAUGAACUGGGUCUUGGAGAACUGGCAGGCCUUACUGUAGCAAAUGAGGCAGAUUCGCUGACUUAUGAUAUAGCCAACAAUAAGGAUGCAUUGAGAAAGACUUGGAACCCCAAAUUUACGUUAAGAAGUCACUUUGAUGGAAUAAGAGGUCUCGCUUUUCAUCCGGUUGAACCAGUCUUAAUAACAGCUUCAGAGGACCAUACAUUAAAAAUGUGGAAUUUACAAAAAACAGCCCCAGCAAAAAAGAGUGCUUCUCUUGAUGUAGAGCCAAUAUAUACCUUCCGAGCACAUAAUGGACCAGUGCUCUGUGUGGUGAUGAGCAGUAAUGGUGAACAGUGCUACAGUGGGGGAACGGAUGGCCUCAUCCAUGGCUGGAACACAACCAACCCAAACAUCGACCCCUAUGACUCUUAUGAUCCUUCUGUUCUAAGAGGUGCUUUUGUAGGCCAUACUGAUGCAGUGUGGGGUCUGGUUUACAGUGGAGCUCACCAGCGCUUGCUAUCCUGUUCAGCAGACGGCACUAUACGUUUAUGGAAAGCUACAGAAAUUGCUCCAGCUCUCAAUAUAUUUAAUGAUAAUCAAGAAAUGGGAAUCCCUUCAUCAGUAGACCUUGUGAGCAGUGACCCAAGCCUCAUGGUAGCAUCAUUUAACAGUGGACACACUAGCAUUUUUAACAUGGAGACACGGCAACGAAUUCUUACCCUGGAGUCCAGUAUGGAUACUACAGUCAGUUCUUCCUGUCAGAUAAACAGAGUCAUCAGCCAUCCAACUCUUCCAAUUAGUAUCACUGCUCAUGAAGACAGACACAUCAAAUUCUACGACAACAAUACAGGAAAACUGAUCCACUCCAUGGUAGCUCACUUAGAUGCAGUUACAAGUUUAGCUGUUGAUCCUAAUGGCUUGUAUUUGAUGUCUGGCAGCCACGACUGCUCGAUUCGCUUGUGGAAUCUUGAAAGCAAGACCUGCAUCCAAGAAUUUACUGCUCAUCGCAAAAAAUUUGAUGAGUCCAUUCAUGAUGUGGCAUUCCACCCAUCCAAAUGUUAUAUUGCCAGUGCAGGAGCAGAUGCCCUGGCUAAAGUGUUUGUAUGACGGAGUGCUUCCUAUUCAACUUUAGCUUUGUAUAUAUUUAACCAGCUGCACAAAAGAGAAGAGGAGGGCAUGAGUUGUUUUAUCUUGCCCUGUAAUUCAGAGAAUGUUUCUAAGUGUUUAGUUUUGCAGGGUGCUGUUUUCUAAAUUGACGUUUGUUCUGGUUUCUGUGAGCUCAGCUGGUGCUGAGAGCUUGGAAUCUCUCAGUUUCAAAAAGGUGAAGAAAAAAAAAAAAAAAAAAAAAAAGCUUUUAUUUAGAGGGUGUGAAUUUUCGUCCAGGCAGGCCUUGGGUGAAACUAGGUCUACAUAUUCUCUAUUCAUAAAAUGGAGUACUGGAAAGAAGGGGUCUAAUUGCAUCAGGGAGUAGGAAAAGAGGGAAACUUCCUAGGAUGCUUCUCAUUCUCAAAUCACCUGGAAAAAGUGAUUCAAAGUCAGUUCACAUGCUCAUUACUAUAUCAUGUGAGAGGCACUUUGUCAUCCCUUUGGUAUGAAUAAAGUAGAUCUUGUUCAGAGAGCAGCAGUGGAUAGUUAAUCUCAGCCACCUGGCUGCUAGCCUAAGAUAAAUGCAAUUAAAGGAAGGCAAAUUACUAACAUAAAUUCAAAUGCGGUAAUAUUUCUGUUACAUCUUCUGUGUUUCUCAGUAAAUAUUUAGUUUGCAAAAAAAAUUAUAUAAUUUUUUUUAAGACUGUAUUAGCAUGUGGCUAGAAACUGAGCCUUUAGUCUAAAUCCCAAUUAACAACAGACUGACGCAGUCUGUAUAUACUGUAGUAGCAAAUUUAACUUAUUCAGAUUUUAAUGCUGUUUAUUCUUGGAGAUCUGGCACAAGAAAUUAUCACAAAGCUUUCCAAAGGAGCUGUCCUACAAUUUUAGCUGUCAAACAUUCAUCUCCUCUUUCUGUUCCUGCUAAAAAGGGUAUCAUUCUGGGCAUUAAGGAUAACAGUGAAAUAUUUCAUUUGAAGAUUAAAUCUGAUGCUUUGUAUGAGUCCUUUUAGUGGAAUAGGUGGGAACUAUACAAAGCUCCAUCACUUUGAGAGAUUCUGCUACUGUUAGAGAUAUUUCCCAGCUGCACCAUUUGAGGGACUUUUUGCCUUGUCCAUUUCACUGGGCAUAUGUGCCAUUGAUAGGGUUACCUGAAGAAUGAGUGCUUCUCAUAAUUAUUCAACAAAUGUGCUUUGUUUAUCUGUUCAGAGCUUCUCUGUUGAUUUGACAAAUAACUUUUGAUCCAAUCUAUUAUUCCUUUUAUCCCUUCUUAAAGGAAGGCGAGUUAAUUCUUCUCUGUUACGUGUCGUCAUCAGAAUUAUUACUAUUCAUAAGCACGAGGUUGGUGUUUAUCUCUGAUGGGAAUGGAAAGCAGAAUUUCUGCUGGAGUUGAUUUCUGGCACUGAUAUGAGUAGGAAAGAACCCAGUGCAGCUCUCCAUAUACCAGCCUGAGGUUAAGACUGGAAACUGAUAAAUAAAUCUUUACCUUUAAACUGACACUUGGUAAGCAGGAGUCAUUGAAAGUUAUCAACAUAAGGUUUGACUAUGUUGUUUUUAGAGUGCCAUUUGGGGAUGGGACCACAUCUGAAGUUGAUCUCAGAGUUUAAACUAAGUAUAUUAUUUAGAAUAAAAGGUUGACCUGUGCUGUUUGAGCCUGCAACACAUUAUAUGUACUGCUAAAAUAUCCUGGAAUACCUUUUAUUGCUCAGAAUAUUCACAUGUCACUUCAUGAUAAUUGGUAUGCAAUAUAUUUCCUUAGAUAAGAUUAGAACGUUUACCAUGAAACAGAUGACUACAAUAAUAAUAAUACAGAUGAUUUAGUUUUUAUAAAUUUUUUUGGUUAUGAUGAAAAGGAGGAAACUUGGCUGCAAAACUGAGCAUUCAACUUUGUGAGAGUUCUGUGUACUUGACUCAUAUUCUUUCAGUGUCAUUAUUUUAUUUCUUUUUGAAGAGAAAAUUACAAAGAUUUAUUUGAAAAAUUCUACAAGUUAUGUAUAUUCUAUAUGUGUAUAUAUAUUGUAAACAUGUAUUAAAUGUGUCUAGUAAGGGAAGACUCCAUGGGUGCAUUUUAAUGUUUUAGUAUUAAGAGUUCUUUUGAGUUUGUGUAUACAAAGGAUGAUGGUUGUGAGUAUGAAAUGAAUGUUGUGCUUUUGCUUACACAAUACAGUAUGUAGUCACAGUUGUUUAAAUUGCUGUACAUAAAAACUAAUAGGCCAGCAUGCUUGUUUUUAAAGACUGUCAUUCUGAUUACAAUUGGAAUGUAAGAAGUGGCUGUUCAAAUGUGAAUUGAAAGAUGUUUCCUUCUCACUACUGAGCUCUUGCUCAAACCGAAAAGUGAUUUUUUUUAAAAGCUGGCAAUAGCUAGAGGAUGAGGUGCCUUUAAAAAACAAAACAAAACAAAUGUAGCCUUACAAAGAGGUUGUGGAAUAUAUAUAUUUUUGUGCUUGUCUUCAUAAUUGAUGUCAAUGUCUUUUUACUGUACUUGCUCACAUACUUGUAGGACUGCAGGGUAUUGUGCAUGAGCCUGUCAGAUCUUCUGAACAUCAUCAUAGGAGAUAGGGUUGAAAAAAUUAUUUAGGUUAUCUAGUCCAUCUGCUUGCUGAAGCAGGGUUGUAGACUUGUGUGUUCUAAUAUUGUCUUGGCCAGUGAGAUUUUUAUAUGUUCUAAAACAAUUAGGCUUCCUUUUAAAGAUUAUUUUAAGGAAUGCAUCUCUCUGGCAGGAGGAUUUAUGUGGUAUUUAGUAGCUCUUUUUUGUAACUUCAUGCCAGUAUUCCAAACCAUGUUUUGUGCCAUUUUACAUAUUCUUCAUAGUCUUUGUAAUUUGGAACCUGCAUGCACACACUGGUUCCAUCUGUAUAUUUUCAUUCCUUUCUGCUUUCUUCAAGCUAUUUUUUUAGUCUGCUUUUUUUGCACAUUUCCUUGUUUUCAUUCUUUAAGCUCAAUUCUUCAAAUAUCGGUGUCCAUACCACCAUUCCACAUGCAUGAUUUGUUGGACUUAGUCUGAGGGUCGUCUUAAGUGUUAUUUGGUUGGGUUUAUCCUCUGUAAUGCAAUGCUUUUGUGUAGGAAGACCAAACUUUUGAUGUCUGACAAACUUAAAUUGUAUUUCUUUAUGACAACUCCUUUAAAUAACAUUUGAGCAUGGCUGCUUUUCAAUUUUUUUCUUCACUUUUAGUAUGUUAGAAUUAUUUUGCAGCUAGAGAUUUAAAUCCUGUUUCAUGAUUAUCCUGGGUCUUACUUUGAACUUCUGACCUCUGAGGGCACUAAAUUAUUUUUAUUUGUUCCCCUUUUAUGUGCAGUUCUUCUUGGUUCAGUGUAAUUAGUAACUUUCAUUAGUGUGAUACAUAUGUUUACUGAAAGUGUAAACAAAACUGAACCCAAACCUUAUUCUUGGAAAAAACCCAUUUUUCUGCAAUGUCAGUAUAUAGCAUUUUACCAUUUCUAUUUUUCCUGUAUCUAAUUUAUAUGGUAAUUUUUUAAUGGUUAGCUCAUAUAAUUUUUUGUGUAUGUUAGCCUGUGCUAAUGAUUUUGAUUUUACUAACUAAAUUAAUGGGAUAAUUUUCAGUCCUUCUGUAUGUUGAAAGUUGGUCCACUAGGUUUAAAUACCCACUUUUAAUUUACUUCACUGGACUGUUUGCUGUCACGUAUUUGAUUCAGUUACCAAAAUGCUUGCACAGAAUGAUUUGGAGUAGCUUGGAAGAAGUUCUAGAUAUAUUAUGUUAGUCUUAGAAAAUCCUAGUGUCUGCAUUUAUUUUUGGGCCUAAGAGAGAAAACUUCCACAUAAAGGAUUCACUGCUUUCUUCUCAUUCAUCUUUAUUUUGAUAAAAUAUGUUCUUUAGCAAGAAGCCUGUAGAACUAUAGGCCAUAUACUGUAGGUUUAUUUUUUAGGACAUGUAUUUUCAAAUAAUGUUACGUUAAAGCAGUCCCAUGUAAUUUGGGUGCAAGCUUGGUAAGUGUGUGGUGUUCACCAUACAGCUUUGUGAUUAGGUCAUACAACACUGUUUUUCAGUUGUGAAUUUAAAUUAACCAGAGACUUGUUCUUUUGAAUAAAUGUAUGAGAGAUAAAGGACUUAGUUACACCACCUUUUCGGUACAUUUGUUGGAUCACAGAUGUGUCCUCUUUCCCUUCCUCCUUAGGUUUUAACAAUGUAAUUUUGGGGAACAGCAGUUUCUGUAAAUUCUGAAAUGUAAUUUCUCAUGUAUUCUUUGAGCAAUGUUCGAUGGGCAGAAGUGUGGAAACAAACAGUUGAAAAGCAGGCAUAACUAUCAGAUAAUCAAGUUUUGGUUUUAUUAAUGCCUUUCCAGAUGUGUAUUUGGAAACAUUUGCAGGCUGUGGCUUGGCAGUGUGUUUACAGACUUCACCAGGUAUCCAAGAGCUUACUUGGUGCCUGUAUGAAGUACCUAGUCAACCUGAGUUGCAUUAAGGAAGAAAAUGCAGGCAUUGUGGUUGUCCUAAGCUGAAAUUUGCGGCUGUUUAGUGGAAGUUGGUUUGGACUACACUGUUAGAAAUCAGAAUACGAUAACCUCUUCCAUGUGGUUAAUUGAUUUGUAUAAAAUGUGGCAGUCUUUGACAUGGCAAUAUGAGUUUUCUUGGGUAGCUGCUGUUCAUGAGCAUCAUAGAGAUGCUUUGCAUAGUUGUUAGCAUUGAGUGACUGAGAGGAUGAAAAGAUUUCCCUAAAAAAAUGCUUAGAUGUUUCAGGAAGCUCCCUUUUUUCUAUAAAGGCAUGAAGGUGUUGAGAAUAUUUCAUCUAAAUCUGAUAACAUGUUUAGUUGAAGAGAGCUACAAUAGGUGAACAGUUUUGACUCUUUCAUCAUCAGUGUCUUUAAGCUUAGAGACAAACAGAGUUAUGGAAUCUAUUUGCCUGUAAACUACCGCUGAAAGCCUCUGUCAUGUUCCUACUGAGCAGCAGAGAAACUGAUGGACAGCAGUGUUGAUCCAUUCAGUUAUGUCAGGGAUGUUUUACAAAAAAACAACCCCUAUUGUAAAAGAUAGUGUUAACUGCAGCAGAGCAAAUGAACAAACUCCUGGGAAAGGGAGGAGUGGAGAAGGACUAGGAUGACUCUUGUGUAAAUAGUCCUUGUUUGGGCAAAUGGUCUUGUUUAGCUGGUGGGAAUGUUCCCAGGAGGGAGAAUGAUUGGCAACGUGACCUUUAAAAAAAUGUCUGUGCCUGUGCUAAUGAACGUACCUGUGUAGGUUAUCUGUUCUUUUGGUAUGUGCUUUUUACCUUCCCACUUAAAUUUUCCUUUAGGAUAUGUUUUCUGAGAAUCUUAAAAUCUCAUCUGCAAUGAGCUCUUACUGCAGGAUAAAUUUCAUAAAGGAUUCCUGAUUUUCCUCUUGAAGUGUUUUUUUGAAGGGUGGUAAGAGUUCCAGCUUCAGCUCCACCCCUCUCACCACCAAAAGGCUGAUUUGUACCUCCUUACACCCAGUUCAUUUAAUUCUAGCGUGUUACCUCUUAGCCUGCCAUCUGACUUGGUUUUGCUGCUCUGUAGUUCAGUUGUGAAAGUCUAUGAAUUGCUGUAUCAUUUAAGAUAUUUCUGAGAAUUUGGAUUCUGCUAUAGAAGGCAUAAAUCCAGUUGAAUAGUAUAACGUGUGGAUCUCGUCUGGUUUGUUGUCCGAAGAGACUUCUUGUUAGAUUACGAAAUCCAAACUAUGGCUGAGCUAAAAAUGCAUUUAAUAAUAUUAUAUUCUUAGCCCAACUUCUUCCUGCUUAAGUAUAGAUUGUGGUAUUGUGUGUUAGACUCAUUUUGCCCUGCUCAUACUGCCAAGCCAUGUUGUGAUCCUGAGAGAUCACACCAGUAUUUAAACCAUGCCCCGUGCAUGUGUUUCUAAGCUGCUCAGAGCCUUGUGUUGACAUGGUCCUCCAGGCCAGUCUUCUUUGAGUCUCUCAAGUUUGAAUUGCAGGCUCCCAAAAUUACUUUCUGGCUAUUUUGAGUAACCCUUGGUCCUCACACCGGAGUAUUAGACUGUGGUGUUGAGAAAAGAUUUAUGUAUCAGGAUUUGUACUAUUCUGAAAGGGAAAGGAUAAGUUACUGCCAAGCCAAAUAUUGUCAUUAUUUUUGGAUUACUUAUGAAAAGCAGCCAAAAACAUUGUAUAAGGGAUAUAUGAUGGACUUCAAGCUAAUAUUUUUCCAUUAAGAAUUUAUUUUUUUAUGCUUCCUGUCAUCAAGAUACAGUGCUUUUGAAUGUAGUUUGUUUUCAGAUGUAUGGCUCCUAGAAUUGUUUCCUUGCAGUUGGACAUUUGCAAUUGUGCAUCAGUUUUGAAAACUGUCUCAUAUGUGUUAGCACUUCUUUUGGAAAUGCAAACUGAGCAUGUUAACUAAUGAUUUCUUGUACCAUUAUAGUCUAAGCAGACUGAAAAGCAGUCUUGUGCUAUGUUUUCCUUGAAUAGUGCAUCUGAAAAAACUUGUAGAAGGAACUCCCAUGAUGAGAUGACUUUUGUUGCUGUAAGGUUCUCUGUUGACAUUUGUCAGUUUUGCGUUGUAUUUUGCGUAAUUAUCUUCAGUUGACUGCCAGGUUAAAAAAGACAAAUUUCUUUGCCAUGUGGACUAUAGGUUGGAUAUUUUUUUUGUCAUUUUUACUUAUUAAUAUACUUUCUUAUUUUCUACUAGAAUUUAGCUGCUACCUGGCAGCUCUCUUUAGGAGAAGUUACUACAGGUGAUAACCACUAACAUGUUAGUAAGUACAGUGGCUUCCCUUCUGUUUUGGGUCAUUUCCAUGGCAGAUUGUUGAUAUGAAAAGGCUACUGUGGCUGAUAUAUGAACAAGCUAAAGGAUAUUAAAGAUUCCCCUUCAGAACUAUCCUGAGGUUAUGAUUUUAUACACCAGUUUUGAAUGACUACUUUGAAACAAUGUUGGGCUUAAGUGUCUUGCAGAAUUUUGGAUCCAAAUGAGAAAUACCUACUUGUUGAGUAAUAGUCUGCUUGUCAAUUUUUUGUGUAUGGCUCAGUACGAGGCUGUGUCAGAAUUGCAGUACCAACAAAAUUACCUUGUUUAAAUGCAACUGUUGUACAAAAGUGAAUGUUAUUUUGAGUGAGAAAUUCUGUUUUCUAAUUUAUGAAGGAAAUAGUUUUCUUGGGAGUAAGCAUCCAUAAAUGUAAUAUAUUUCAUGAUUUUGAAAAGGUUUAUUAAUCAUGGGACGUGAGAAAAAUGAAAGUGAUUCAUUCUCCAAAGAUUUGUUAAGUGUUUAUUAUUACAAGUAUAAAUUUUUGCUUUAAAUGGAAAUGCUUCUUCAAAAAUUUAGUAUUAAACUUCUUACUAAAACUCAGUAGUUUAAAAUGCUGGAUAAAUAUCUAAAAUGGCAAAGAUAGAAAAUUCAGAGGGAGAUUAUUUUGAAAUACGCCAGUGUCAUUUUGAGCUUCUCAAGUGUAGCCCUGAAUUUUCUCUUUAUCACUGCAAUUCAUAUUUUGUGAAACUUCUUGGAUAGGUUAUAUUUAAAGCUACAUUCACUUGCCUGAAUAAGUCAAAUAAAUAUUUUGUCAUUUAAAAUUAUAUAGAUCUGCUUAUGUUAGUGUGCCAUUUAAAAUGAGACCCCAUUGAGGUAACCAUGCAGGUAUUUGUGUUGGUAUGACAGUAGUGAAGUGGGGUAUCUGUGUACUGUACCCGCAUUCUGUGCUGAGCAAAAUCACACAGACUUCCAGAAAUAAGCAAUGGUUUUUAAGAGCAGCUUUAUUUAAUGUUGCAGCAGCAAGUGUCAUUUGUAUCAUAUAAUUAUGUAAAUUGGGUGCUAAUAAAUACUAUUUUUCAACA